AUCCGAUCGUCUGUCACUGGUUCAGACUAAAGAAUCAUUUACACUCUCGCACUAGGAGCUAGGUCGCCGUCUUUGCCAGGGGGGUGGAUGGCCGCCAAGACCGAGACUGUCUGGCGGCGGCGACAUCACCACUUCCCGUUUGUUACACUCAACCACGGUUCCGAGCACAACGCCUCUUUUGCGCUUUCCGCCCAUCCUGUUUCACUUCCCUCAUUCUAAUUUCUACAUUGCACACCACCACGCACUACCCAUCUGUGCUAUUCGCCCGACCUGAUCGCUCUGAUUCCGAUGCCUACUUGAGGUCUCCGUCUGCGGCAUCUGCCCGAACCCGAACCACGACUUGCAUUUUCCUUCAACCCGCCUCUUAUACCCCGCGUAUACUUUUAAUCACACUCCACCAUGGCAACUGAUGCCGACCCUCUCAGUGCGGGGCUGUUCGACACGGCCCCGACGCACUACGACGUACCCCAGACCUCCGACUCGCAAGCCGCCGAUAAAGACGAAGCCGACACCUGCCGCAUAUGUCGGGGAGAGGGCACCGCUGAAGAGCCUCUGUUCUUUCCCUGCAAGUGCAGUGGCAGCAUCAAGUACGUCCACCAAGAAUGCUUGAUGGAAUGGCUGUCGCAUACCCAGAAGAAGCACUGCGAACUGUGCAAGACGUCCUUCCGCUUCACCAAACUAUACCAUCCCGGCAUGCCAAACCGCAUACCCACGGCCGUCUUCGUACGUCGCGCCGCUCUGCACGUCCUCAAUAUGUUCGCUACCUGGUGUCGUGGGGUUCUUGUAGGCGCUGUGUGGCUCUUCCUACUCCCCUGGUGCAUGCGCGUCGUAUGGCGUAGCCUGUUUUGGGUCGGCGACGGGGGCUGGUCACAAGAAUUGUUCGCAAAUACGUCUCAGACGCCCGUCACGCCAGAGCGCAGCUUGUCCGCCAGAGAUUUCGACUUGAUCCGUUCCGCAGUCGACAGCGCCAAAAGCAGCAACUCGACUUCGACCGUUCGUCUGUCAGAUAGGCCCUGGAACAUGACAAUAUCAUACACCCCAAACAAUGCCACCGUUAGCGAAUCCAUCAUCUGGACUUAUGCCAAGAGGUUCUUCUUCGGUGUGCCGUACCCCUUCUCCCAGCUUGCGCAGAACGACAAACCAGGCUAUUUCUCUAUGCUUGACAAGAACGGUACAGCUCUCAACGCUACCUCAGACCCUCUCGGCAUCCGCAGCCCUUCGCUAUUGUCCGACGUCCCCUUCUUUAACUGGUUCCAGUCCCAAAGCGCCAAUCGGUUCAUCAUUGACGUGAUAGAGGGACAAAUCAUCACCUUGCUCGUUGUGGUAGCUUUUAUCCUUGUCUUUCUCAUCCGGGAGUGGGUGGUUCAGCAACAACCUGUGAUCAACAUGGUUGCUAUUGGUGAUAACGCUGCUGCGCAAAGGGCAGCGCUCGUAGAAGAGGAGGCUCUUGUGGACAAUGUGGUUGUUGACGAGGGUGAGUUGGACGACGCCCUGGAUGCACUGGACGCAGAGGUGGCUGGAGAAGCCGAAGAGGCUCAUGAACCUCGGAAUAUUGACGAGAACGAACCGGCGGCUCCUGAACAGCUCGCUCACGACAUCGAUGAGCCUGAGGCCUCUGAACCUACAAUACGCCGUGUUCGCCGAUCUUCUUCGCUUCGCAGAGAACGCGACGAGCUUAUUCGUGAUAUAGUACGGGAUGGCCUGUCCGACGACGUCAGAUCAAUGAUGCAGUUGGGACCAUCUGAUAAUCUUGCGGACGCCUUCACUGAAGGUAGUCCGUCUCAAACCCUCCAAGAGACACUUCAGCGAGCGAUGAACGCGAGAGAAACCUUGAAUCGAGCUGAGAGCGACGGUGAGGCUAGCAGUCCCAUCUUUCCUACGAGGGGCUCGUCCCUCUAUCAACCUCCAGACUCAACGCUAGAUGUAGCAGGUUCCGAGUCAUCAUCAUCUUCGAGACCAAAUAUGCCAGCACGCGACAAAUCUUUCAUUGCGACUGAAAUUCGCCGUAGCCUGGAGGAAGGUAAUACAUGGUCAUUCGAGAACGUACCAGAAGCACCGGCGUCAAACACAAACACGACUGAGAACGUGCCUGACUCCUGGGAAGAUGAUGACAAUGUGCGUCGACGAGACGACCAAGAGCCCGAGACCGCAUCAGAGCAGGAGCCGGGUAGUGAGCACAGUAGUGGAAGCUGGCAACAAGUCCCUGAGAUUGUGGAAGAUGACUCUGACCAAGCGCUGGAAAGAGAACAUGUUCACGACAAGGGUAAAGCCAAAACUAUUGACACCAGCACAGAGGAUGUUCCACAAGAGUCAACAUCGUCUGCAGAAAGUGGUGCUGCUAAUGUGGACAAUGCAAUUACAGUCGACACCACGAUUGAAGUUGACAACAGCAGCAGCCAACCUGAACAAGAUUCGAGCGUCGAUCAAGGACAAAGAGAUCCCGAAGUCGUUGAGCAAAACCAAGACGAGCAGGCUGCGCCUGUGGUCAACGCACAACCAGCAGAACCUCAACUUCCACAAAACCCAAUGAACCAGGUCUUAGACUGGAUGUUUGGGGACAUAGCGCCAAUGGCGCAAGCCGCCGAGGAAGGAGGCAACGACGAGCAUAUUGUGCGUGAUCUGGCAGACGAGGCCCCAUUUGUCCCAUUCCUAGGGAACGAGCCGCGAGAUCAUGGCAAUGCUGCACCUCAAGAUCCUGAAGUCGCUGCUGCUGCUGCACAAGCUGGCAUAGACGUCAACGAUCAGGAAGCAAUCGAAGACGCAGAGGACCUGGAAGGCAUACUCGAGCUCAUUGGUAUGCAAGGACCUAUCGUCGGACUCUUCCAAAACGCCUUGUUCAGCGCUGUGCUGAUUUCCGCGACACUGGCUUGCGCCGUCUGGCUUCCCUAUCUUUGGGGUAAAGUCGUUAUCCUGUUCAUGGGAAGUCCUAUUUCACUCUUCGUCAAGCUUCCUUUGCAGGUCGUGGCUGCAGUUACAGACUUCAUUGUCGAUGUCACUCUCUUCCUCGUGGCUGGUACGACAUACUGGGGCUCUUACGCCAUCUCUAGUCUGGUAAAACUAUGUUCCUUGGGAAAGCUAUCUCAAAGCAUAGACGGUCCACUCCGCGCAGUGUCCACACCAGCAUAUUCACUUGCAGAGAGUGCCAUGGUCCGCAUCGGGAAGAUGUUUGUAGAGUCGCCUCUGUCACCUCGUCCCGACUACUUCCGACUCUCGGUCAAUGCGCAUGCUUCACUGCGAAGUCUACAAAACACGACUUCGUUCGCGCUGAACGAGACUGGUAACUUUGCAAAUGCUAUCAUUGAGGAGAUCUCAGCAGACUCUCCGUUUAGGCUCAUAUUGAGAGUCCUUGGGUACCUUCCUUACUUAGUCCAAAACGUCUGUACGACUGCCUAUGGCCAGUGCAGCGCUCUACUCACAUGGCUUUGGACCUCCAAGUCGUACAAGAUCACUUUUGAUCUUGAUCUGAACCGCAACACCACUGCAGCAUACACUGCAAUGGAGCGGUGGACAGCGAGCGACCGCUUGAUCGCAAUCCUUGCUGGCUAUGGAUUCUUUGCCUUCGCCGGCGCAGUGUACCUGAGGCGCGGAACUCCUUUUAGCUCGUCGCAGCAAGGACAAAAAAUUGAGCGCGUUCUAUCCGAUAUACUACAACAAGCUGGCGGCGUGUUGAAAGUCAUCCUCAUUAUUAGCAUAGAGAUGCUAGCAUUUCCGUUGUACUGCGGUCUGCUUCUCGACCUGGCCAUGCUUCCACUUUUCAAGAACGCUACGCUGUACACCCGGUGGCAGUUUGCGAGGGAAAGCCCCUGGACAUCUGGAUUCGUACAUUGGUUCAUCGGCACUUGCUACAUGUUCCAUUUUGCCCUCUUCGUGUCCAUGUGCCGCAAGAUUAUGCGCAAAGGCGUAUUGUACUUUAUCCGCGACCCGGAUGAUCCAACCUUCCAUCCUGUCCGGGACGUUCUGGAGCGUAGUGUUACGACCCAGCUCCGCAAGAUCGCUUUCAGCGCUCUAGUGUACGGAGCACUCGUUAUCGUAUGCCUUGGUGGUGUCGUAUGGACUCUGAGCCGCGCUACUACAAACGUCCUGCCAAUCCACUGGACGACUGAAGCGCCAUCGCUAGAGUUUCCUCUUGACCUUCUCUUCUACAACUUUCUUACGCCUGUCAUCAUCAAGUUCUACAAGCCUAGCGAAGGUCUGCAUGUCGUCUACAAAUGGUGCUUCCAGAAGUGUGCGGGCUUCCUUCGUCUAUCCAACUUCCUUUUUGGCGACAAAGUCCCCACACAAGAAGGUGAUGACGGUCGAUAUGUUCGUGCACCAGCCUCUGACCAAGCUCGCAUUCCAAAGGGGCAGCCUGUCUUUGUCGAAGUCGACCGGGAUAACGUGCGUAAAGAUGGGCAGACUGAGGGCGGAGUGCACAACUCUGAUCUCGUGUCGAUGGUAUUCAUUCCACCAUGGUUCCGCGUACGCAUCUUCUGCUUCAUCGUCACUAUAUGGAUCUUCAUGGGUCUCUCUGGAGUCAGCGUUACGAUCUUGCCUCUUCUCUUCGGUCGCUACCUCUUCUCUCUCUUCCUCCCACCAACCGUCGAGAUGAACGACAUCCACGCCUUCUCCCUCGGCGUCUACACCCUAGCUAGCAUUGGCUACUCAGCCUAUCAUGCAGGAAAGUUCAUCUCCACCCUGAACAGAUCCAUCCCAGAUCCCAUGGCCACCCUCCGCACAGUAGCAGCGACAACAUCUCGGGUAGGCGGCCGCGCCCUCCGCUUCUCAUAUGUUUGGGCCACGCUCAUCUUUGCCAUCCCCUUCCUCUUCGCCGUCCUCCUCGAACUCUACUUCCUCAUGCCCUUGCACGCCUACCUAGGUCCCAAGGAACCCCACGUCGUCCAUGUCAUCCAAGACUGGACCUUGGGCUUUUUGUACUCUCGUCUUGCCGCGCGUCUCGUGUUUGCGAAUCGCAACUCCCGCCCUGCACGCGCGUUCAAGGCUGUUAUUCGCGAUGGUUGGCUCUACCCCAAUGCCAAAAUUGCGACAAGGUGUUUCCUUGUCCCCGUGUUGGCGUUGUUCCUUGUCGCCAUCGCUGUGCCGUCUAGUUUGGCGUUUGUUACCUCCAGAACGCUUUAUCGGGGCGCGAGUGAGGCGACGAAGAACCUACUCUGGCGCUUUAGUUUCCCCGCUGUGGGACUUGCUUUGGUGGUUAUGUGGGCUUCUUCGGCGGCUGUCAGGCUGCUGGUAAGAUGGAGGUUGGUUGUAAGGGAUGAGGUGUAUUUGAUUGGUGAGCGGCUGCAUAAUUUCGGGGAGAAGAAGGCGCCUGUUCAAUCGUCUGUGUCUGCGGUGGAUGCUGGGACUCAGACUGCUUAGAUUGUUGCUAGUAAAUCAGCGUAUCAGUUGGUGUCGCUCUGUUCUGAGGUUCUUGUUGGGAGCUCUUGUGUCUUCCUAUGAUACCUUUUUCUGGAGUGUUUAAGCUAGUCAUGAUAGACGGCUGGCUCUUUAGCUAUACCCCAAUCUCAUACUAUCUUCGUUUAAACGUUAUCUCCGUUACCUUAUAAUAUCUUACUCAUCUCCUCAAAACGCCAACUAGUUAUCAUAUCGAGCUCGAUUGUGUCAAAGCGUAUCGUGCAUCAUGCAG